UAUUGGAAAUAAUAUCAGAAAAUAUCAAAAAUGAAGACUCGGAAUCAAAUAAAAAAGGAGGAGGAGAAGAAAGCUCCCUCGUCCAAGAGACCUACUAAGAAAGUUACAUCAGGUCCAAGAGAUACGAAGAAACCGUCAAAACAGAAAAGAGCUGCUAAAGUUGAGAAAGAAGUCAAAGCUAAGGUAGAAACAAUUCCUAUGAAAAGAAAGGCACCUCCUUCAAAGAAGACGCAACAACAAAAAUUGAAGAGACAAAGAAUAGAAGAGUCAAAAGAAGAAAGUAAGGAAGAGAUCAAGGUUAUGACGAUAAAUACCGACUCUGAUGGGGACACAGUUAAAGUUGACUACACCCCAAAAGACUUCAUAGAUUUUGAUCAAUUCCUUGGAUUGCUAGGAAUAUUCAAUACCUUUAAAGACUCUGAUAACGAAAUGUUAUACAGGCAAUCGUAUUCAAUACUUUCUCUACCUUACAAAGAGAGGAUCCAACAAAUUUUACGAAAAUAUACGGAUCUCCAAAUUCAAGGGAAAGCCAUUUACAAAACACUCGGAGAGUUAGACCAAGAGAUCACUGAAGAAUCUCUAUUGGAUAUAAAAGAUGAAAAGCCUGAGAAUAUAGACCGUGUCAUAUUCAUCUGGGACUUCUGAAUGAAAUAUCGUAGAUACUUUAAAAUACCUAUUUUUACUCCGAAUGAUCUAUACAUGGAACUAUCAAAUACUUCCUUCGAAACAAUGCCUCUAUUGUCAGCUAUCUAUGGUGGAAUAUGCUAUAAAUUCUUAGAAAAUCUGAACUCCUCUGAUCUAUUGAUCUUCCUGGCUAGAAAGAUUGAGCCAAAGGAUUACUUCUUCAUCUUCCCAAAAAUAAUCUACAUCAUUCUUCUUAAGAAGAAGAAACAAUGGGAUAUUAGUGAACCAAUGCUUGAAAAAUUAGAGGGUUGUACUUCACAGAAUUUUAAUUGCCUCCACACAUUAGAGGAAAAAUUUGACUUCCUUGAGAUCUUGAUCAACGAUGGAAUGUUUAACUUCUCAGCUCCAGCAGGAACGAAAGCUCCACAAUGCCCCUUCAAGGACUAUAUUGAACACUUACAAACAGAAAUUGUUAAAAUAGACGCCUCACUAGAAAAUGAAGAUGAAACCCUGCUUUCAGAAUUUGAAGGAGCUCAUAGCAGCGAAAUCAAUAGCAGUAUUGGAAGCUCAUAUUCUGACAUUAUCGCAAGAAUCAAUGAUUAUUCAUAUCCUCUACUUCUUAGCAAGGAGUUAGUUAAGAAGGAUGGAGUCAUUUCGAAAUACUACUAUCUUUACCCUGAUUUUCCGGAUAAGAUUUUCAUCAGAACAGCACACAAAACCUCCUCGGGAAUAAUUUACCAUUGGACUACGACUGAAGACUGUCUUUAUGUCCAUCUAAAAAUCGGCAACCACAAAAGUAAACUAGCAAUAAUUAAUUCUGAAAUCUGUGAUAACACUAGAUAUCCAUCAAUAUUUAAAAGAGUUUUCAGAGCUUGAAGCCAGAAUUCUUUCAGAAAUGCAUGUAAGCUCACAUGCAAAUGCAUGACAAGCUUACCCCUCUUAUGGAAUGAAGAAGACCAAAAGACUGCAGAAUUAAAACAAAUUGAAUAUCUCAAAGAAAUUUUUGAAGAAAUUCACACCUUCUUGAUCCAGGAUUUGUAUCCAAAGCUGAACAUGAGAAUGAAACCAGAGGGAGAGAUCGAGAAAAUUACUCUGUAUGAUAAUGUAAAGAAUGCAUACACCCUUCAAAAAUACUCAGAAGGUGUUCUACAAUACAUGAGAAAAAUAUGCUUCCCCAAAGGCAUUUUCUAUUGGAAAGGCAUUAGCGUCAAUAAGCGCAUCUGGGGUCAAAAGUCAGCAUAUGUUCCUGCUAAAGAGUACUUCAUAAAUGCAGACAACUUUAAUGAUGUUAUGCAUGCAGUGGUGAUUCUCAAGUCAGCUCUUGAGGAUAGUUAUAAAUAAUUCCUGGAUGCUUAGCAAAGAAAUUUCCUUCUAUAGACAAGCUUUCCAGUCUCUCUAGAGUGGGCACAUGUUGGAGCUCUUCCAUAUCGUAUAUCUUAUUAUAGGAUAUUGAUAGAUAUGUCAGACUGGUGAAAUACUCCAGUCCUUCCAAACUUCUUAAGUUAUUAUGGCUGAGAAACAAUUUCCUGACUGUCGAAAAAUAACUGAGGGAAAUAUAUCUCCGUGUCAACUCUGAACUCUUUUUAAACCCUUCCUUUUCGGCAUUGAUUAGGUACUUAAACGGAGCAAUUCAGGAGAUCUGUUGGUAAUUCAUAGAGAGCUUGGUCUGGUUAAUAAAGCCUUUACUUCUGGGAUUCUUGAGUUCCCGUUCCAAGGCUUCUUCGAAGCGGACCAUUUUCUAUAAUUUAA